AUGCCUUUCAACCAUGGUAAGAAGCUUAAACCGUCUUUAAAACUCUCGAAAACCACCUCCAUUUCUUCUUUUGUUUCUUCGACACCCUCUAAUUCAUUUUCUCCAUUAGAAGACUCUACAUCUGUUUCUUCAUCGACAUCAUCUUCAUCAUCAGGAAAAUCGGUAAGGUUUGCUACACAUUUAUAUACAGUGAAAAAGUUCAACACAAAGUUGGCGCCUAUCUCAAUAUCAGAAAAAGCCGAUAAUAAGUCAAUUAGACGGAUUACUUCGCACCUCACAAGACAUUUGUAUAACAAUGCCAUUCCACUAACCUUUCCCCUCAUUCAGGGUGAAGAUCAUCCCUAUAGUUUGGAUAUUUUAGAUUACAGUGAUUUAGAAUAUGACGAUAAGGAUGAUGAAUACGACAACGAAAGUGACGUAGAGGAUAAUGCAAUGUUUAUGCAUGACCGUAGCUUGUUUAUUGAGAAGGACAUUCUUUGCCUAGGUGAAGAUAAUAAAUUCGAUAUAGCAGAAUGGAAACUCGUCAGUAGUAAUUUGAGCCUAUUCAAAAGUGACUAUAAUAUGGAUGUUGCUGAGUUGGAAUACAAGAUCUUCAAAUACUUAAAUGGUCAAAACAUAAAAGUACAUUCGCUAGAAUUAUCAGACCCUGUAAACUACGAGGAUAUUUGUUGCAAUAAUUUUGGUAGCUGUCAAAUUUGGGGACUUAUAUUUGUCAACAACUUGAAUUUCGAGAAAAAAAUAGAGAUCAAAUUUACCUUAAAUAACUGGACGGAUAUUCAUUAUAUUGACGCGUACUAUAAUAAGUCUGUUACCUCUCAAAUUGACGAAUUCAAAUUUAUCAUUGAUAUAUCCGCAUUGAAAUUAAAUUUAGUAUCAAAAAACUUGAUUUAUGCUGACUUUUUGGAAAGGAAGACUACUUGCUUUCUGAAUUUGCAAUUCUGUUGUCGUUAUGAUGUAAAUAGCUUCGAGAAUAAGUCAUUUUAUGACAAUAAUGACUACAGAAACUAUGAAGUAUCGAUCUCUUUGGCUGUGAUAAAUCUAAACCGUGGGGUUUCAAGAUUACCAAAAUAUAAUUCCAAUCUUAAUCCUUCUAAAAUAGGAGAUAGCAAUGCAGAUGUUACUAUCUCAAAAAAUAAAGAAAGUCUCAAAAAGCCUACGAGAAAAUUUAUCAAAGAUACAGAUUACUUCAACGACUCACCGCUAAAGCACAAGUUUUAUCAAUCGUUUGAAACAAAAGCGGUCUGUAAAAGAGAAUAUACACCCCAAACUCCUCAAGCGGAAACAAAUGACUGUAAAAUGGAGCCUUUCAACUAUUUCUUCGAGCCUCCGGGCUCACAAACUGAUGAGGACAUAUCAGAUAGCUCAUAUGACUUAUCGUUGCAUGAUUUUAACUAUUGGGAGUUUAGCAACCACGGACUUGGGAAAGCACUGGCUGACUCAGAUAUUUUACAAUUCAAAAAUUAUCCCAAACCAGAACCUUUUAGCAGGAAUCCUAUAGCAGAUAACACAUUCACAUUAAAUACCGACGAUAGGACCUUACGCUUAAAAACACAAGAGUUUGAAGACAAUUUGAGCGAGGAGGGGAAGAGCGCUAAAACAAGGGCCGCAGUAAAUAGAACGCAGUUAUACGAUGAUGAGUAUAAUACUUUCUUCAUCUACUCCACUUGGAAUAAUUCUACUGACACAUUGAUGAAAGAAAAAGAUGAAGCACCUGUAGAAUCAGGCUCUUGCUCUCGACUAUCUAUAGCGACUAUAAAGGCGGAAGGGGAUUUAGUACGUCAAGAAGAUAUCAAUAGUGACAGGGAAUGCUCAUCUCAGGAAUUUUCUCCCUUGAAUAAUUCGACUCCGCCACCAUUUUUUUCAUGUGACAAUAUGAUUGAUAGCUCAAGGGAAUAUGAAGACAAAAUCUCUCUUAGCUCUAAUGAAAUCCAUAUUCUUCGUGAUUAUUUUUCCAAAUCACCCUCACCCUCACUAUCGCCCAUAUUAUAA